CUUUGGGUGUAUCAGACUUUCCAACCGAUAACCUAACUAAAAACUCGUCAUCUUUUAUAUGGAAUGUAUUUAAGAAAAGAUAUAAUAUUAAUAAAAAUGAUUUUAAUAUAACAUUAUAUGGAUCAGAUGGAUUCAUGAUAUUGAAUGAUCUCUGUGUUUAUCAAGUCUGUACAACUGGUUACUAUUUUAAUAAUAUAUCUGGUCAAUGUGAAGACAUUAAUGAAUGUAAUAGCUUGAAGUCUCCAUGUGAUUGGAGUAAUGGAAAAUGUUAUAAUACCAAUGGUAGUUAUUUCUGUUUAUGUAAUGCUGGAUGGAAAUUAGAAAAGGACAAUGCAAGUUGUGCUUAUUAUUUUGUUGGUAGUGUUUCCACACCAAUAUUAAAAGGAUAUGGAAUUGCUUUGAUACCAAUACUAGAUAAAGAGUAUUUAAUUUCAUUAGAUAUUCUGAUAAAAUACUCAAUGUCUGUUAAUCCAAAUUCUAUUAUUUGUUUUACAAUUUGUAAUAGUAAUAAAGAUGUUUGUAACACUAUUUUGAAGAUUUAUACCAUCAUGGAUACACUCUGGGUUUAUACUGAGAAAAAUAAGUUUAGUUUACCAAUAGUCAAAAAUGAUUGGUUUUCAAUUGAGAUUAGUCAGACUUCAAAUGGAACUUUUUAUAUUUUUGAAAUCAAAUACAAUAAAAGUACUGUAUUUUCUAAUGUUUACAAUCAAGUUCAAAUUUUGUUUGAUAUCAAGGUAUAUGCUUCAGAUCCAUGGACUGACAGUCUAGAUGGCUUAAUAAGAAACUUUAAACUUAUUAACGGAAUUUCAAAUAGAGGAAUGCAUCCAGUUGUUGUUAUUCCUACAGGUUUUGAUAUGGAAAAAGUAAUGGUUGUUAAGAAAUUUCAACAACAAGUCACCAUUUUCACUAGUUUUAUUUAUGGAAGUUUAAAUAACUAUAAAGAACCUUUAGGUUUUAUUUGGCAAUAUACAACUGGUUCUUUUAUUGGAGGAACAUAUGUUAUAUUAUAUCCUUUGAUGUACUAUGGAGGGCAUAUUAAGUUUUCAUAUGCAUUUUAUACGCGUGAACAAGUAAACCCCAUUGUUCAAUACUCAGACACUAAAAAUUUCAGUAAAUUUAAUUUUGAAAGUAAUGUUACAUUUGAAAAUGGUGUGUUUUAUAUUGAAACAUAUCUGGAUUACAAUACACUCAUAAAAACAUUCAAGUUGGAUACUAGUUUUCCUGAUUAUGCAAAACAAUACUUGGUAACUAAUUCACGAAGUUAUGAUGUGUUUUUAAGCAAUGAUCGAUAUAAUGAUUCAUUUGCAAUUCAAGGUUUGGUUUCAUUUGCUAAUUUACCCAGUGACAUGCAAUCAUUUUAUUGGAUCUCAUGCAAUGUAUCAAUUAAUGAUCUCAAAGGAUGUUCAAAAGGAUGGAUUUUGAAUCAACAUAAUAAUGGUUGCAUUGAUUACAAUGAGUGCAAUAGCUCAAAUACAUGUUCUUGGAAUAACAGCUUAUGUGAAAAUACAAUUGGAAGUUAUUUAUGUUUAUGCAAACAUGGAUGGCUUUUAGGGGAAGAUAAUGCAAGCUGUGUAGAAGAAGAAUCAUAUUUUUUACCAGAAGAUAUUGCAAGUAAGAAAUCAUAUGUAAUCACCAUUGCAGUUUUAGUUCCUGUUCUGGUUGUUGUUAUAACUAUUUUAGUUAUAUUACAAAUUUGUAGGAAUAAACAAUAUAAGCAUGAGCAGAUGCAAAAAUCCUUUCACUACAUUUAUUCGAACUCUGAGGAAUACUACAAGGUUUCUCCAGAUGAGUGGAAGAUUUCUCACAAAAACAUUGCUUUAGAACAAAAGAUUGGUGAAGGAGCCUUUGGAAAUGUUUUUAUUGCAAAGAUUGAGGCAAAUGCAUUUUCUCAAACGAUGUAUGGAAAUAAGUCUGGAACAAAUAUACUUAGUGAUUCUCAACAUGGUUUUAAUAAAAGUGAUGGCACUUAUGUAGCAGUUAAAAUACUAAAAGAAGGUGCAACUCAAUCAGAAUUAAAUGAUUUUAUUCAAGAAAUAAAUAUAAUGAAAGAAAUUGGAUAUCAUAAGAAUAUUGUUAAUAUGGUUGGUUGCUCUAAAAUCGAUAAAUUUUUAUGUUUAAUUGUUGAACUUAUGGAGGAAGGAGAUUUGUUGCAAUUCUUACGAAAUAAACGCACCAUAGUUUGUAAGAAGAAAUUAGAACCAGCUGUUAGUUUUGUUUUUAACUCAGAAUAUCAAAAAGCAAUAAAAAAAACGACGAAUGGAAUUCCACUUGCUGAAAUGGAAUCAUUAACGUCUAAUGAUUUGCUUUAUUUUGCUUGGCAAGUAGCAUCGGGAAUGGAAUAUCUUGCAUCUAUCAAGCUGAUUCAUCGAGACCUCGCCGCACGAAAUAUAUUGGUUGGUGCCAAUAAAAAUCUUAAAAUAUCUGAUUUUGGAUUGACUCGUAAAGCUAGUGAUGAUGCAUAUACUUGUAAAAAAUCUCGCCGUUUACCAGUUAAGUGGAUGUCUAUUGAAGCAAUAUUCGACCUAACAUUCACUUCGUACAGCGAUGUGUGGUCGUACGGUGUUGUUUUAUUUGAAAUUGUUACGUUAGGAGGAACACCGUAUCCUACUAUUACCAACAAUGAACUUUUAACUCUUUUGAAAUCUGGUUACAGAAUGGAUCGACCAGAAAAUUGCUCUAUAGAAAUAUAUAACAUUAUGUUACACUGUUGGAAUGAAGAUCCAUUACAAAGACCAACUUUUACUGAGUUGCGCGUGUCUUUUGAUAAAAUAUUAUCUGGAGGUGAUUCUUUUGUUAGUUUGAAUAUCAAUGAAAGUAAUAGUUAUUACAAUUUACGCCCUUCGCGCAACAUAUCGACUGAAGCAGAAGAUCACGAAGUUGAAGUAUAAAUAUUCCAUAAACUAAAGAGUUCCUUAAUUGACGGAAUAAGUUUAAAGUUAUAUGCAAAGACUUUAUACAGUGACAUUUCGUUAAUUUUUUUUUUUUAAUUUUAAAUACCAAUAAUACAGUUUUAAAAUUUCCAUUUA